CGCGUUGCUGGGGCAACAACAACAUUUAGGGAUUUUUUGUUAAAUUAAAAGAAAUAUUCUUUCUUUUCAAAAUUUUUAUCAUUUCCCUUCAAAUAAAUGAAAAUAUCAUAAUAUGGAGGACUCUGCCAAUGAAGAUAUACAAAUUGACAUUGUUGGCAUUACAACCGGCAGUGCAUUUUUUGAUGAAGCUAUUGGUCACAUUGAAGACAUUAUCCUGAGCGAAGAAUUUCACAAAAUGCAAAAUGAAUUUCUGGAGAAACAUUGGAGCUGCUUUGAAAGGAGCGAAGAGAACAAAUUGGAGUAUAUGGAUAUUUUUCAAGAGUAUGGAAAUAAAUUUGAAAGAUUUAUAAUGCAGGAAUUGCGUGAGCGAAUGAAUGAUUUUGAUAUGGAAAGAUUUGCCGAAGAAUUGAGCUCCUACAACACCAAAGAUGAUCCCUAUGAUUUUGCUGCUUCAGAAAUAUUUGAACUCUUACAAUCAUUUAGCGAUUUCCAAACAUUUAAGGAACUUAUGCUCGACUAUCGAAAUGAAAAGGAGGGGGAAAUGAAACAAAUUGAUUUUGAUAUUUUAAUAACACCACUGAGAUGAAUGAGAGCUAAAAAAAAUGUAGAAGAAGAUCUCAUGUGGUGUUGGUAUAGUUUCUGUUAGUUUCUUUUAAGUAGCUAGUCCUUUAUGAAAGCGCAUUAUGUGAAAAUUUGCCAGAAUAAAAUUCUUUUGUAUAUUUUUUUCUAUAA